AUGGAGCUUAUGAAGGCAGAGGUUGGAGCAAGUGGGAAAGAUCAGAGAGAGGAGAUCGUUGGAGGUCAUGAAGCACAGCCUCAUUCACAUCCGUACAUGGCACUUGUUGUGUCACUUCGUGAUGCCAUUUUUAGAAUAUGUGGUGGUUUCCUUGUGGAAGAAGAUAUUGUCCUGACAGCAGCUCACUGCUGGGGAAGACGCAUGAAUGUCUUCUUGGGGAUCCAUGAUACUAAGUUGCAAGAAAAGACGUGGCAGAAAAUUCGUUUGAAAAAAGCCAUCCGCCACCCGAAGUAUAACAAUACGACUGAUAUUAAUGACAUCAUGAUACUACAGCUGAACACAAAGGCCCAACUGAGUGCAGCUGUGGGCCUGCUCCCCCUGCCUGGAGAAAGUGACCAUGUGAGGCCUGGGCAGGUGUGCAGUGUGGCUGGAUGGGGCAAUAUCUCUGACAGUGAACGAACAAGCAAGCUGCAUGAGGUGGAUCUUGUCAUUCAGGAGGAUUUCCAGUGUGAGAGCCGCGUGGAGUAUUAUGACAGGACCACUGAGCUGUGCGUGGGAGACCCUCAGAAAAAGAUGUGUUUCUCUGAGGGAGACUCUGGAGGCCCCUUGGUAUGCAGAAAUGUGGUGCAGGGCAUUUGUACCACUGUAGUUGAAAACGCAACUUCCCCAUGUGUCUUCACCAAAAUCUCCAGUUUCUUACCCUGGAUAAAGAAAACAAUAAAAGGUCUCCAAGUGGAAGAAUCACCCUGA